AUGAGAUUACCACCGGGAUCAACAAAUAUUGAAGAAUUGCGAGAAUUCAAGGUUGGCGAUGGAAAGCUCGGAGAACCCAACGAUGGAGAGGCUACUAUGGAUAUGCCUGAAGAUCUAUUAAUAAAGGAUGCAACUGAUCCUAUAGCUGCAAUAGUUGAUUGCACAUAUCCUGGAAUUCGUGAGGGUUUGAUUGAUAAUUCGUACUUUCAUGAGAGGGCGGUUUUAUCACCAACCAACGAGAUUGUUGAUAAUGUCAAUGAACAUAUACUGCCACUCCUUCCCGGGGAAGAGAAGUUCUAUUUGAGUUCGGAUUUAAUCUGCAAAUUUGAUAGUAAUUAUGGAAGCAAUGAUGACACAUUUUUAGUUGAGUUUUUAAACUCAAUAAGAGCAUCUGGAUUAACAAACCAUAAGUUAGUGUUAAAAGUUGGAGCACCAAUAAUGCUUCUUAGAAAUGUGGAUCAGUUAGCUGGCUUAUGCAAUGGUACACGCUUAGUGGUUAAUCAUCUUUGUGACUGUGUUAUUCAAGCAACUGUGAUAUCAGGAUCUAACAUUGGUUAUAAGGUCUUUAUUCCAAGGAUUACUCUCACACCUACAGAUAAUUCUAAAAUCACAGUUGCUAUUCAAAGAAGACAAUUUCUCGUGUCGUUGUGUUUUGCGAUGACGAUUAAUAAGAGUCAAGGGCAAUUGCUAUCCUAUGUUGAAUUGUUUCUACCUAAGCCUGUUAUUAGUCAUAGACAAUUUUACGUUGCAGUUUCUAGAGUGACUAGCAGGAAAGAAUUGAAAAUUUUAAUGUGA